AUGGAGUCGCUUGGAGCAGCGACCACUCAGUUUGGGUUUGAUCUUUUCAAAGAGCUGAGUAAAAGAAACAGUGGCAACGUCUUCUUUUCCCCCGCGAGCAUCUCGACUGCCAUCGGCAUGCUCCUCCUGGGGGCCCGAGGGGCCACCGCUGCCCAGCUGCAGAAGGUGCUCUUCUCUGAAAAAGACACAGAAAACUCAAGAACGAAAGCCGAGGAAAAAGAGGUGGGAGACCUGCCUUACCACGUCACUAAGAUUGAGAAGACAGAAGAGAUACACCACCAAUUCCAAAUGCUUUUGAGUGAACUAAGCAAACUCAAUAAUUAUUAUGAGCUGAAAAUAGCCAACAGGCUAUUUGGAGAGAAGACAUACCUUUUCCUUCAAAAAUACUUAGAUUAUGUUGAGAAAUAUUACAAUGCAUCUCUGGAACCUGUUGAUUUUAUAAAUGCAGCAGAUGAAAGUCGAAAGAAGAUUAAUUCCUGGGUUGAAAGCCAAACACAUGAAAAAAUCAAGGACCUGUUUCCAGAUGCCACUCUAAGCAGCUCCACGAAGCUGGUGCUGGUGAACGUGGUGUCCUUUAAAGGGCAGUGGGACAGGGCGUUCAAGAAAGAGCACACCAAGGAGGAGGCGUUCUGGCUGGAUAAGGGCACGAGCAAGCCUGUGAUGAUGAUGGCGCAGCGCCGCUCCUGCAGCUUCGCCCUCCUGGAGGACCUGCAGGCCAAACUGCUGGGCAUUCCCUACAAGAACGGCGACCUGAGCAUGUUCCUGCUGCUGCCCGACGACGUCGACGGCCUGGAGGAGAUGAUAAAUAAAAUAAGUCCCGAGGAGUUAGUAGAGUGGACUAGCCCGGGGCAGCUGGAGGACAGGCCUGUGGACUUGCGCCUGCCCCGCUUUGAAGUGGAGGACAGCUACGACCUGGAGGCGGCGCUGGCCGCCCUGGGCUUGGGGGGCGCCUUCAGCGAGCGGGGGGCUGACUACUCGGGCAUGUCCCCGCACUCAGGGCUGCACGCCCAGAAGUUCCUGCACAGGUCCUUUGUGGCGGUGACGGAGGAAGGUACCGAGGCUGCAGCGGCCACCGGGGCGGGUUUCGGGGUCACAUCAGUGCCAGGCCAUGAAACUUUUCACUGCGACCACCCCUUCCUGUUCUUCAUCAGGCACAAUGGGUCCGACAGCAUCAUCUUCUUCGGCAGAUUCUUCUCUCCUUAG